CUUGGCUUUUGGGUGCUUAUUAAGGAAUUUCACCAGAGCAGAGGCUGCAGAACAGAGCAGAGCUGCUACCACUUUGAUAGACCUUCAAUUCUCUCCUCUCUCGGGCCAUGUCUGAGCUAUUGUGUGAUUACAAUUGGGACUAGAAUCCAUCUCUCUAUCAGUCAUGGGGUCGAUAAGCAGAGAAACCUCUUUCCUGCUUGAGCGCCAGGGUUCAAGCUAUCCAUCUACGUCACAGGAUGAGCCGCGCCCUCGUCGGAUGGUUACCUUCGAUCCCAUCGCUCAAAGCAGGAGCAGUACAUCAAAUGAUACAGCCACCUCAAGGGACUUCUUGAAGCCUCCCCAUACACGCAACUCCCUAAUGCAGAAUAGCUCUGGCGGCAGUGGCGCUCCUGUCCUAGCUGCGCUCAACAGCAAGGUCCGUCGUCGGCACAGCCAGGGAGCUAUCUACAACCCGGUAGCCACGGCUCCCCCUCCAGGCCAUCCUAAAAUUGGCCCUCAACGAACAACUAAAAAUACUCAGAAGCUUAAAUUGCUUCCCAAUCCCGUUACCGGUGGAGAAGACCAAUUCUCAGAAGAAGAGAUCCCGAGAGAAGUGUAUUCGCAGAUCACCCGGAUUAAAGAGCCAACUGCCAGAAAACAUGCAGCAAGGCUAGGUAAAGCGGAUCGGGACCGCGUCCCGCGCGUGACGGCAUAUUGCACUGCGAGUUCGUAUACAAUCGACGGCGUCGUACGGUUUCUUAAAUCCCGUGCUGAAACGAGAGGCACUAAUCCAAAGCUUUUCGAUGAAUGUGUUUAUUCGCCGUAUAACUAUGACUAUGAGCAGAAGAAAAAACGCUCCACUUUGCUUAAGGAAGAUGAACAGGAAAUACCAGCAGUCUCAGAAAUUCCCAGUCAGGGACAUGAGCCGCGGCGGUUUUCUGAUAGUGAAAUCGAGGUCGAAAGCCAGAGGAUUCAGCAGCAAGAGGGGCUUAUCGACUUACACGAAAACCACCACGGGCCACCAACAGACUCUUCUACCGAUAUAUCUACCUCCCACGCUCUAGGACCUAUAUCCUCCGCUGACGACGCGAACGGGUCCGAUUUCGAUACAUCAAUCCAUACUCCAGAAGUAUUUCUUUUCGACUACGGCACUAUAGUAAUAUGGGGCAUGACACCUGCCCAAGAAACCCGCUUCCUCCGCGAGGUAUCCAGAUUUGCGACUGCAGUCCUCAGUAGCGAAGACACGCAGAUCGAAAACUUCAAUUUCUACUACACUCGCGACUACCAAGCUCGCAUCUACAACGACUUCAUCUCCCUACAAGAUCCGCACAAUUAUAUGACUAAGCUCGCCAUCUCCCACGCCCUCUCCCAAUCCGUCAAGACGUCGCUCUUCGAGGACCUGGUUUCGGAAACCAUCGCGAAGACCUCACCGCUGCCCGCACAGAUUGCAGAGACGGGUAGCGUGAACCUCACGCGUAGACAGAUUAAUAUGCAAAUUGGCGAAUUGUUUAUUCUACGGAUUAAUAUACAUCUGCAAGGGUCUGUUUUGGACAGCCCUGAACUUAUGUGGGCGGAGCCACAGUUAGAACCCGUCUAUCAGGCCGUACGUAGCUAUCUGGAGAUGGACCAGCGGGUGGGAUUGCUAACAGAGAGGCUGGAUGUGAUUGCGGAUCUGCUUGCGAUUUUGAAGGAUCAGUUGAGUCAUCGGCAUGGGGAGUAUCUGGAGUGGAUUGUAAUCAUCCUCAUCGCCGCUGAAAUUGUCGUUGCGGGCAUAAACAUCGUAGUUGACCUGUAUGCAGGAGUCGAUUAGAACAACCACACACCAUGGAGAGCGAGCGGUAAAUAAACCAUCCCAUCCCACGACGCCUCUUAAACAUCAACAAUCAUGAUAUACUUCGGCUACCCUAACCUUCCGCCCUCAAAGCCUUGUAUAUUUACGUGUGUCUACAUUUCAAGAUCCUAUUUCAUACGACCGUCUGUCCACGCUGUAUAUCUGUAUUAUGUAUACUGUACAUAUCUUCACAUUAUUCCUAGAUAUCCAUAUCUCUCCGGUACAACGAGUUACGCAGCCUUAUCUUCAUUUCAAUUCCAAGUUCGAAUUUCCUUCUCUAUUUUACUCCCUCUCACAUGCACGCUACUUAGUUCUCUCACCCAGCCUCAUCAAGAUCAUUAUGGUUGUAUUUUACCGCUCUAUAGGGAAUGUAUUAUUAUCUUGCCCUUCUUUUCUAUUGACUUGUCCAUUUGAGGUAGUAUGAACACUCGUAGUUCAUUUGAUUAGAUACGCAACUAAAUAAUAGAGAAUAAACGAUCAGAUGGACACCAGACGGGGCUACGUACGUAAAACCGAUUCAUGAGUAAGGAUUAUCGUUGGCUUCUUUUCUCUCUUUGGCCCCCCAUCCCUCCACCUCUCCCAAGCUUUCAUCCAGGAAUGAUACGGAUGGGCAAAAGAAGAAGUUUGAAUAUACGAACCCAACCCAUUCCAGGUGCGGAAAAGCGAAGGUCUCUAUGGAACGAAAUAC